ACUGUCAUUUGCAACUUCCAAACCAAAGGGAAAAUGUAAAGAAUAAGCAGAAUUUGAAACCUCAAUUCGCCGUGGCAAGAAUCGUUUCUAGCGAAAUCAGAACUGAAUCGUGGGUUAGUUUGUUUGUGCCCCAAUUUACAACAACACAUUUCAAACUUUCAAUCUUCUGUGUAUUGGUUCAAAUUUCAAACCAGAAAAAAAAAAAAAAGAAACACGAUGAAUCCCUACGAUGCAGAGAGACUAAGAGACGAAGUGAUUUAUCUUCACUCUCUGUGGCACCAAGGCCCUCCACCACCGCCACAAAACCCCGUUAUUCAUCAACCCUACAUCCCCCAACACACGUGGCACCUUCGUCCUCAUCCACAACCUGCACCCGCCCACACCAGAUCACUCCCCACAGUCCCCUCCACUACCUUCAAGAAGCGCAAAAGAAAUAGCCCCGAGGAGAAUGUUGCACGGCCCGACCCAGGCCCGGCAUGGCCCGUCCCGGUUCGGCCCGACCCCACCCCAGCUCCCAGUUGGGCCGCGCCGAAGCCCGGCCCAGCCCCCCCUCCUGAGGCGCCUCUGGAAGGGAACGAGAGGCUUCUUGCGAUGAAAGCGCAGCAGAAAGCGUGCGGGGCUUUCAAGAAGUUUUUAUCGAGUUAUAAUGAUGAUGAUGAUGAUGAUGAUGGUGAUGAUUAUGAUGAUGGUGAUGAUGGGUGGGAGGAGUUUGAGGAGUUCUUUGAGGGGGUGUUCUUGGAGGACCAUGAAUUAAGGGGGUAUUACCAGAGGAGUUAUGAAAGUGGAGAGUUUUGUUGCAUGGUGUGCAGUGCAAUUGGGAAGAAGAAAGCUGGGAAGAGGUUUAAGGAUUGCGUUGGGCUUGUGCAGCAUUCCAUGUCCAUUAUGAAGACUUUGAAGAAACAGGCCCACAGGGGCUUUGGGCUGGCCGUGUGCAAGGUUUUGGGCUGGGAUCCUGAUCGGCUUCCGACUAUUGUCGUGAAGGGGAAGCCUCUUGGGAUGGAGAUGAAGCCUGCUCAGGCAGAGGGUGAGUCUCAGGUGAACAAUGUUGUUAAUGAUGGUGAUGGAAAAGAUGGUUCCCAGUCCCUUGAAUCAGAUGAUAAAGUUGUGCCUUUGGAGCUUGGUGACAAGCCAAUUGAGGAGCCGGCACAAGAGUGUUCUUCCAAGGAAUGGGGUCAUGAUGAAAAAUCGUUGGAUACUAGAGUGCAAAAUGGAGAUGGUGGAGCAAUACAUGAGGGUGAACCUGAGAAACCUGCAGAUUGUCAUAUUGAUGAUUCAAAUGUUCUUCAGGAAAAUCAGGCAAAGUGAGCCGUGAAUGUGAUGUAGUUUCUAGGGAGGUCCAUUUGGCUCACCACGACAAUUCUGACUUUUUGGGUUAGUACAUAGCUUAGUCUGGUUCACGAGAUUCCCUUGUACAGAGUGAUAAUUUAUAAAUUUGUGGCAAAAGUUUUCAACUUGUAGUUAAUAUAGUGUAAAUUUGCUCAUGCCCCUUCCAAAAUUACAUCUUUUGUGUGCAGAA